GGUACAUAGGAAUAAAAUAAUCUCCCAGAUGUAGAAUCGUUAAUUAUGUGAUGUGAAGUAAUAUCAAAGAACAUAUAAACGUACGUACCACCAGAAAUUGAUAAAAUGUCAGAAGAAGAGAAGAUUGGUCACACGACUUUGACCACUACUGAAAAAGUUGUCAAAACGAUCUUCUUAGUUUUAACUUGGGUUAUGAUUGGGCUGUUUACCGAAAUAACUGGACCAACCCAAAAAGAUCUCAUCAUAAAAACGAACUCGGACUAUGAAUUAGUAUCUCGUGCAAUUUCUGGUAGGAGUGCAGGGUAUUUUAUAGGAGCAGUUAUAGGUGGACCUCUUGUUGACAAACUAGGACAUUAUUGUGAUUUGAUGAUUGCUGUUUGUCUGGACGGGGCAGCAAUAGCCACUGUAAUAGUACCGUAUUGUGGCAAUGUAUCUCUGUUAUGGUUUUUACUUGCACUUGGAGGUACAUUUGAAGGAGUAAUAAACAUAGCUGGACAGAAAAUAAUCCUUAAUAUUUGGCAAGAGAAAGCUACAGGACCAAUGCACGUGCUACAUUUUGGAUUUGGAAUGGGAUCGUUUAUUGUUCCACAAAUAUUGAAUCCUUUCCUAGCUGUUUUGUCAACAUCGUCAGAUAAUAUUACAGAUACAGCCAAUAUAACGUCAGUUUCUUUUGUAUCAUCAACCAUAGCUUCUAAUGCUACAGAAAUGUAUUUAAAAGAAUCGCGCAUUGAAACAGGGUAUUUGAUCAUAGGAAUUAUAGUCGCAUCCUUAUCAGUUGUGUUUUACAUUUAUCAGUUUUUCUUUCGACAAAUUGCUGGUGAAAGAAAAAUACUGAAUGGAAAUGAGUCAUUAUUAAGACAGAUAGUUAAAGUUGUUGAUCCCGCGACGUGCUCAAAAGGCGAUCGUUGGUUUGGAGUUCAAAUUUUUGUUCUUUUAUUUAUGUAUUUUUUCAAUCAGGUUGGUGGUGAUAGAUUAUAUGGAAAGUUCAUUCGAAGUUACGCAAUUGAUAAACACAAAUUUUCCGGAGAUAAUGGAUCACUAUUAAACACCGAAUUUUGGAUUAGUUUUGCGGUGGGUAGGUUUUUGGGUUUGUUUACUGGUAGAUAUAUUCCUAUUAGAGUUCUUAUAUUAAUUGAAGUGUUUGGUACCUUUGUUACAGUAGUUCUCCUAGAAAUAUUCGCAAGGGACAGUGAUCUCGCUUUGUGGAUAUUAACUGCAUCUAUGGGAUUUUUUGUUGCCCCUCUUUUUCCAUCAGGUAUAGCAUGGGGAGAUUUCCACGUUGAAUUUACUGGAUUUGCGAUCACUUUCGUUCUCAUGGGUGGUGCUCUGGGUGGAAUGUCAUAUUUAUGGGUCAUUGGAUAUCUCUAUGAAUAUUAUGGUUAUGAUAUGUUUUUGCAUCAAUUGGUUGCAUAUGCUAUAAUAAUGACAUUUCUUACAAUAAUAAUGACUAUAGUAGGCAAGCGACAUGGAGGAAGAUUUGAGAACAAAGUGUCCGAAGUAAACGAAAAUGAACUUGCCGUUAAGGAGAACUAAAAAUAACAUUGUUGACAAUGAUGUCGUUCACCACAAUGUUCACGAAAUCAGUCCUCCGAAUUAGUUGGUUAUUAUUUCCUAUUAAA